AUGUUCUUCGCUAAUGGCUUCGUUGAAACAGACCGACGGGCGUCGGCUGAUGGCUCCGAGGAAAAUGACAUUCUUCGCGAGCUGCUCCUCGAGGGCGAGUUUGCAUCGCCCCGCCAGCUGCCGCCCACGCCCGCCAAGAUGUACGGGAAUUCUCUGGGUGCUUCAACCCCCGGUCUCUCCAAACGCAGCAGCCAACAGGUUGACGUCUCGUUCCCGCAGAUCUGCUUCGACAACUCGCCGCACUUCACGCGUUUGCAGCCGUUGUCCAGCCGUAGCUGUGCCAGCUUCUCCUUGCCAAACCAGUCUCCACUGCCCGCCUCCGUUGUCAACGCGAUCGUCUCGCCACCUCGAGUGUUUGUUCAAGAGUUUGCGCGUCUGCCCCAACCGUUCUUCCAGGACAGCGUGUCAAUGGAUUCGGACAUGCGUGGAGUCAAAUCUGACAAGUCCGGCGUGUCCUUCUUGACGUCAUGUCUUCCUCCUGCACCGCUGCCAAUGCUGACGAUGCCCCCGCUCAAGAAGAAAAAGUCGUCGGCCACCGCCGCCGCAUCGUCCAACAACGACAGGAAACAACUGCGCUGCACAUAUCCAGACUGCCCCAACUUGCGCCGCUCAGCGGGCUUCUGCAAUCGCCACAGUGGCAAGGUGUGCAACAUUGCCGGCUGCAACAAGUCUGCACUCAGUCGAGGCAAGUGUCCUGAACAUGGCGGCGGCUCGCGUUGCAAGAAGGACGGGUGCUCGAAAUUCGCCCAGACGCGCGGGCUGUGCAAGUCGCACGGCGGAGGCCGCCAGUGCAACGUCAGCGGCUGCACGAAGAACGCCCACCAGAACCGGUUGUGCCGCUCGCACGGUGGAGGCAAGCGCUGCGACUACUUCGGAUGCCCGAAGUGGGCACAACGCUCAGGGUACUGCUGCGCCCAUACCAAGAUGAGCUCGAGCGGUUCGGCUUCACACGGCGAGUCCCAGCACUCCCACUCGAACAUGCCACCACUAGUCACGUCGUCCCCAGCUUCGUCUUUAUGUAUGCUCCCCGCACCCGUCCCGUCCCCAACCUUGCUGUCUCCGCAUCGCCUCUUCUCGCUCCUGCCGUAA